ACUGUUUCAUUGAGUCACGCAGAACGCAACAUACAGACCUGCCGCCCGCACAUGGAGUGUUUUAGUGGCUUGUUUUCGGUGUGUGUGGAGUGAGAGCUUGUGUUUUGAGAUCUCUUCUUGAUGUGGAAAGUGUGUGUUUGAGCCACGGAGUGAAUGUGUGUGUGAGAAGGUGUGAUCGUGAGUGCGUGUGCGUGUGUGUGUGAGCUGCAGUCAUGGCUGAGGAUGGAACCGAUCAGCGCGAGCAAACUUUGACUCGUGAUGACUCUAUAUACAAACACAGCCAAAAUGUCCACAAAUAUGAGAAGGGACGAGGCCUCAAGUGUCGAAGCUGGUUAUUGCACUGUCUGCGGUUCUUCACGUCUGGGUUCGGGGCGGAUUGGAUCUUCCUCAUGCUGCUGGGAUUCGUCAUGGCACUGAUCAGCUUUCUCAUGGAUAUCUUCGUCUUCCUCUUCAUAGAUGCACACAGGUGGAUCUACCAUGUGUCAGGCACUAAUGUGUUCCUGCAGUAUUUGGCGUGGGUCAUUUAUUCUGCCAUUCUCAUGUGUUUCGCUGCAGGAUUCACAAACGUAGUCGCAAUUCAGGCUGCUGGGUCGGGUAUUCCUGAAAUGAAGACCGUCCUGAGAGGAGUGGUGCUCAAGGAAUAUCUCACAUUCAAAACAUUAGUAGCCAAAGUCAUCAGUCUGAUAUGUGUCCUGGGCAGUGAAUUGCCUGUUGGCAAGGAGGGGCCGUUUGUGCACAUUGGCAGUAUAUGUGCUGCUCUUCUCUGCAAGUUCAUGUCUUUAUUUAGUAGUAUUUAUAAGAAUGAGUUGAGGAACCUUGAAAUGAUCACAACUGGCUGUGCUGUUGGGAUUGGAUGCUGCUUUGGAGCUCCCAUUGGAGGUGUGUUGUUUAGUAUUGAGGUCACUUCCACAUUUUUUGUCGUACGAAACUACUGGCGUGGAUUAGUGUCUUCUACAUUCGGUGCCUUCAUCUUCAGACUUCUGCCAGUAUGGAACAAAGAGGAAGAAACGAUUGUGGCUCUCUAUCCAACGAAGUACAGGCAGGACUUUCCCUUUGACCUCCAAGAGAUUCCAGCCUUCGCUCUGUUGGGGAUAGCAUGUGGGUUUGGUGGUGCCUUUUUUGUGUAUUUAAAUGGUCAAAUUACUCGAACUGUGAAGAAACUGAAAACCAGCAACAACUUCCUCAUGAAGAAUUGUUUCCUGUAUUCCUGUCUGGUGUCUCUACUGAUAUCAACACUCACGUUCCCUCCGGGAUUUGGGCAGUUCAUGGCCGGACAGCUUACGCAAAGGGAUUCCUUGAUUUCGUUUUUUGACAAUCGCACCUGGGCAAAGGAAGGAAUCGUGCAAGACUUUGCUGAUGAUGAUCACUUAGCCGCCUGGAAAAACCCACAUGCAAACGUCUUCAUCGUCCUCGCCAUCUUCGUUGCCAUGAAGUUUUGGAUGUCUGCUCUUUCCAUCACUCUUCCGAUACCUUGUGGGUCCUUCGUCCCUGUUUUCGUCAUCGGUGCCGCGUUCGGGCGUUUGGUGGGCGAAGGUUUGGCCAUGUGGUUUCCAGAAGGCAUUAACAGCGAAGAUGGCAUUUACCCCAUAGUGCCCGGAGCGUACGCAGUUGUGGGAGCGGCAGCGUUGACGGCGGGGAUCACGCACACGUUCUCGACCGCGGUGAUCAUGAUGGAGUUGACGGGACAGCUCAGCUACAGUCUCCCGAUCCUGAUCGCAGUGAUUCUCUCCAACAUGAUCGCUCAGAGUCUUCAGCCGUCCAUCUACGACUCCAUCAUCCGCAUUAAAAAACUGCCAUACCUGCCUGAACUCGGCUUCGGCCACCAGGACAAGUAUAAUGUUCAUGUGGAGGACUUCAUGGUCGGAGAUGUUCGUUAUGUCUCUUUAAACUCCACAUACAGAAAAAUACACGAGAUUCUUCGCACAGGAAAUCAUAAAACACUUCCUGUGGUGAAAUCCACAGAGUCCAUGAUCUUGUUGGGCUCUAUUGAGCGUGCUCAGUUACACGCGCUCUUAAAGCAGCAGCUGCAGCACUUGCAAGAGCAUCCGCAGCCCGAGAGGAAGCGCGUGUCUGUGGCCGGGACCACCAGCAUUAAGGAGGGAGUUCACAAGGUCACCCAUGAAGUUCGGUUCCAGAUCUCCACAGAAGACUCCUCGCCCACUCCCGCUCAUCCUGUCUCUUCUGGACCUCUGAAACCUGCUUUAAAAAGAUCCUCUGUAGCCAAAACGAGCACAGAUAUCCCAGCAGAUGAUGAUUCCAGCAUCGGUUUAACGAAUAUGUUCUUCGCUCGUCCUCAGACAGACACAGUCGAGGACGACUCCGAUGCAGAAGAAAAUAGGAUUCUUUGUAAGAUCGAGGAGUGGGAGGAGCAACAGCUUGACGAGCAGGUCAACUUCAACAACUGCAAGAUUGACCCCGCCCCCUUCCAGCUGGUGGAACACACUUCACUGCACAAGACUCACACCGUCUUUUCUCUGUUGGGUUUGGAACGCGCUUAUGUCACCAGUAUCGGACGACUGAUUGGGGUUGUUUCACUGAAAGAGCUGCGCAAGGCUAUCGAGGGCUCCACGAUGAAGGGCCCAAAGGGGGUGCAGUUGCGUCCCUCGCUGGCCAGGUUGCGAGACACCGCUAACGGCAGCAGAGGCGAGGACACUGAACUCCACAAACUCUUGGACCAUCAGACCAGCUAGACUCGACCCAAAGAACACCAAACACGGACAAUAGGGCUUUUAAUAAACUAUUCAACAGCUUUAUAGAGACUGUCUUUUUAUUGGCCGGAUUCUUGUCUCAGAGCUCCACCCCUUUACAGUCCUCUUCACUUCUUAGAUUGAUUCCACUUCCUGUUUGGAGAAUCAGACACCCUUAAGAAUUCAUUAUGUCCCAUAUCAAGGGUCCCCGAAACGUGUGUGUGUGUGAGUGUGUAUAUGUGCGUGUGAGUCACACACUCUCUCUCUCUCUCACACACACAAUCACACACACUCACUCACACAUAUACACACUCACACACAUAUACACACUCAAACACAUAUACACACACAUAUAUAUGCACACACACACUCUCUCUCUCUCACUCACACACACAAUCACACACAUAUACACACACACACACACACACACACACAGUCUCUCUCUCUCACACACACACAUACACACACUCUCUCACUCACACACACACACAAUCACACACACUCACUCACACACUUAUACACACACACAAUCACACACAUAUACACACUCACACACACUUAUACACACACACAAUCACACACACUCACUCACACACUUAUACACACACACAAUCACACACACUCACUCACACACAGUCUCUCUCUCACACACA